AUGCAUUAGUCAAGUGCCAUGGUUCUGAAGAGACGAAGUCGAAACGCAAACACCUUGAUUAAUUAUAGUUAGGUUUUGUGCCCUUCAUGCAUAAAGACGGUUUAAACCAAUUUUCUCCUUAGGGAGUAAUAUAGCAUAUUUUAAUUGGUUUGUUGACAUUCCGGAACGUGUACUUGUCCAAAAAUUGCAUAUUUUAUGAUUGGUAUUGGAUUUGUUACACUUUGUGCUGCCGUUUGCUGCUUACCAACACAGUUUUGACGGGAAAAAGUACUUACCUAAUUUUACCAGUAAACAUUCAAUUUUUACAAUUACUUGCGCGUAGUUGCUGCCUCGUAUAAAUUGAAUAUGGUUUACCAACAAAUCAGCUACAUAAACACGACAACGUUAUCAUCAUGUCAGUAUUUCAAGUGAAGGUGCAAAAAUGAGUGUCUUUUUGAUAGGCUUGGCAGUGAUAUUACUUCUUUUUCGUUGGAUCUACAACCAUUUUCAAAAUCGGUACCAAUUCUGGAAGCAGCGCAAUGUACCCUACUUGGAGCCACGGUUUCCGGUUGGAAAUGUGGGCGAAACGCUCCAAUCAAAGGUGCACUUUGCUUACAUCAUGGAAAAACUGUACAAACAGUUAAAACACCACGGAGACUACGUCGGAAUUUUCUUCUUCCGUGAUCCGGUUCUGAUGGUACUGACGCCGGAGUUUGCCAAAACGGUGCUGGUAAAAGAUUUCAAUUACUUCAUCGAUCGGGGCGUGUACAGUAACGAACGGGAUGACCCUCUGUCGGCUAAUCUGUUCUUCAUGGAGGGUCCCCGAUGGAGGAAGCUACGAGCUAAGCUGACACCGACGUUUACCUCCGGCAGGUUGAAGGCAAUGUUCCAUACCAUUUUGGCGGUAGGGGAACAGUUCGAUCGGUACCUGCGGGAGUACACGAAGGAAAGAAACGAAGUCGAGGUUAAGGAUUUGCUGGCGAGGUUCACCACGGAUAUUAUCGGAUCGUGUGCGUUCGGGAUUGAUUGUAACAGUUUGGAAAAUCCGCAGUCAAAGUUUCGUGAGAUGGGUAAGAGGAUGAUUAAUUUUCCGAAGCUAAAAGCUUUGAAGCUGUUUUUUGCCAUGAUGUUCCGGGAUGCGGCGAGACGGUUAAGAAUCAGAUUCAAUGACGAAGAUGUUUCGGAGUUUUUCUUCGGCGUAGUGAGGGAUACGAUCGCGUAUCGAGAAAAGAAUAAUGUGCAGAGGAAAGAUUUUAUGCAACUGUUGAUUGAUUUGAAAAACAAGGGAUUCAUUGAUGGUGAUAAUGAGGGGGAAUCAGGCCAUGAUCGCUCGGAACGGCUAACGUUUGAGGAAAUAGCGGCACAGGCUUUUGUUUUCUUUUUCGCUGGGUUUGAAACUUCGGCUACGACCAUGACCUGUGUGCUGUAUCUGCUUGCAAAACAGCCGGAAAUUCAAGAGAAGGGAAGGCGAUGUGUAAUUGAUGUUUUGAAUAAGCAUCACGGGAAAUUUUCGUACGAAGCUCUCGCAGAAAUGAGUUACAUCGAUUGGAUCAUUCAAGAGACACUUCGGAUGUAUCCACCUGUAGCAACUCUUCAUAGAGUAACGUCAAAACCGUACAAAUUACCGAACGGUUUCGUCCUGCCCGAAGGAACAGGUGUGCUGAUACCGAAUUUAGCGUUCCAGCGGGAUCCAAAGUAUUUCCCGGAACCACUUCAGUUCCGUCCUGAGCGAUUCAUGGACAGUGAAAAGGAAAACCGUCCUAAUUUCAGUUAUCUGGCAUUCGGUGAGGGACCCCGAGUUUGUAUUGGAAUGAGAUUCGGUCUUCUUCAGACCCGGAUGGGAAUCGCACUGCUGCUGAGAAGCUAUCGAUUUCGGUCGUGUCCUAGAACAGCUACCUCGCUGGAAAUUGAUCCGGUCGCUCUUAUUCAAGGACCAGCCGGUGAUGUUUGGUUGGGUAUUGAUAAAAUAUAUUGGAUCCGAACUACGAUUGCUUGUAUACUGACAUCGACAUCGAUUUGUCCCAAAUGGUACACCAUUCCGAAUGGCAAAACCUACGCCGUGUUGCCGACAGUCUCGACAGCUACCAGUUUUCAACAGCAGGAUGUAGCCGAUGAAAUCUGCUGGAACUACUCGGUUAUCCACGCUAUCAGGCUCGGUCCGUACUCACAGAUCAGCUGUUUAAGUCUCGACUGGCGAAAGUCACUGACGAAGACGGUGAUGUUGAUGGCGAAAGUGAUUGCCUACGCAUUCCGUUGGUUUCAGGACGUGGUUGGGCUGAGUUCAACCGGGAGAUCGGUGCUCUGGACCUUCGGCGCAUGUUGUUCACCGAGCACUGCACAACACGUCAAGAACCUGAAUGCAAGACGAUUCGAGCAGAACCAUAAAGAGGUGAUCGAUGCAAUCAUCAAGCAACACUACGUUGAUGAUAUACUCGUUAACACUGAUACAGAGAAAAACACAGAGAAGCUCGCACAGGAAGUCAAAAAGAUUUACAAACAAUCAAAGUCUGCUACGGUCAUGGCAAACUUGAAACAGACAGCGCUUGAAGAGAAGAAUCUUAACAACGAUGACGAAGCUACUACAGAAAACGUGCUUGGAAUGUGGCGGAAUACAACGACAUGCCGAUGCACUUUUAAAUUGUUCUCCCGUUACGAUGAAAAUCUGCUCUCCAACGGUCGCGGCCGACCAAAAGCGAAGUUCUCCGCAUAUUCAAAUAAGAAGAACAUCAGUGAGCUGGAAUGCUCCUAUAGAAGACACGCAGUUCGAGAAAUAGUUAACGUGGCUGACCGUUUUUCGGAAGACACGAUCUGUUUCCGUGACCACUUAAUUGGACUCAUUCACUCUUCCGGUCAAACUGGUUUUCACCGUAAGAUGUGGAUCUACCUGCUGAUCACCGUUAUAUCACUGGCGGUUUGGUAUGUGCGCAAUAAGUACUCCUACUGGGAGCGCAAUGGAGUACCUUUCAUGAAGCCCCGGUUCCCAUUCGGAAACCUACAAGCGAUUGGACGUCGCGUUCAUUCGUCCCAGCUGAUGACGCGGUUCUAUCGGGAAAUGAAAGGGAAGCAUCCAUUCGGAGGAAUCUUUUUCUUCACGAAUCCGGUGGCGCUGGCGCUGGAUCUGGAAUUUGUGAAGAAUGUGCUGGUGCGGGAUUUUCAGUACUUUCACGACCGGGGAAUGUACUACAACGAAAAGGAUGAUCCCAUAUCCGCCCAUCUGUUCAACAUCGAAGGAACCAAGUGGACGAAUCUGCGGAAGAAGCUCAUCCCGACGUUUUCGUCCGGUAAGAUAAAGAUGAUGUGUCCGAUGAUCGUAAACGUGGCUGACCGUUUUCGAGAAUGCGUCGAAAGGAGUAUCGCAGCGGAUUCGGAAGUGGAAAUGAAAGAUCUACUCGCCCGUUUCACUACCGAUGUUAUUGGGACCUGUGCUUUCGGAAUCGACUGCAACAGUUUGAAUGAUCCGGAUGUGGAGUUUCGAAAGAUGGGGAAAAAGGUGUUUGAGCUGCCCUCGGGGAGAAUUCUGAAAUUUUUCUUUAUGGCAACGUUUAAGGAUUUUGCGAAGAAGAUACACAUCAAGGGCACUUCAGAUGACGUGUCCGAGUUCUUUUUCAAUGUCGUUCGGGAGACCAUCGAGUAUCGAGAGAAGAACAACGUACAAAGGAAUGACUUCAUGAAUUUACUUAUUCAGCUAAAAGAAAAAGGUGAGCUGGAUGACUCUGGCGAAAAGGUUGGUACGUUGAGCCUGAACGAGGUGGUGGCGCAAGCUUUCGUGUUUUUCUUGGGAGGUUUCGAGACGUCCAGUACAACGAUGUCGUACUGUUUGUACGAGCUAUCUUUAAAUGAGCAUGUGCAAGAUAAAGCUCGGCAAUGUGUGAGGAACGCUAUCGCCAAACAUGGCGGCUUGAAUUACGAAGCUGUUACGGAUAUGGACUACAUUGAACAAUGCAUUAAUGAAUCUUUGAGAAAGUACCCACCGGGAGCAAAUCUCAUUCGUAGUGUAACUAAGGACUACCAGGUUCCGAAUUCGGAUAUGAUUUUCAAGAAAGGAAUGGCCGUGAUGAUCCCGGUCUACGCGAUCCAUCAUGAUGAAGAAUACUACCCCGACCCGGAACGUUACGAUCCGGAACGGUUUAGCGCCGAAGGUAAUGCCGAGCGGAAACCGUUCACAUUUAUACCUUUCGGGGAGGGGCCAAGAAUUUGUAUUGCCGCCCGGUUCGGAAUGCUCGAGGCCAAGGUCGGAUUGGCGACACUGUUGCUGAAUUUCUCUUUCUCCAGAUGUUCGAAAUCCGUUGUGCCGUUGGUGAUUUCGCCGAAACAUGCCGUGCUGACACCAGCCGGGGGAUUGUGGUUGAAAGUCGACAAAUUGUGAGAUUACUGCUUUUUCGAGAAUAUUUUACUAUGAAAAAGCUUGCGUACAAUUCAUCCCAGUGAAUGAAAAUCUUGAUUGAUAAGUGAUAGAUAAUAAUUGAUAGAAGAAUCUUGAAGUGUGAUAUAUUUUCAAAACGAAUUUACUCGGUCAGUGAAGCAUUUGCUACAUGUGAUAAAAAAUUUGAUAGAAAUUAUUUUAAUCCCUGCAAAAUUAAUAAAAAUAAAAAAAUUAAUUUUCGAACGACGCUUCUCACAUCUUUCAGUGGUAAUUAAUCUAAAGUAUGCCGCUGUACAUACUCUUAGUGGGCCAUAAAUUGCCAAUGUGCUGCCUGUCUGGUCAAUGUCAAGCAAUUUGACCGAUUUUUCAUCAAGCGACGAUCUCUACAGAUUCUGAAGAUCCGCUAUUUAUUCAUCAAAAGAUGUUUGAGUCGUAUUUGGUUUAAAAGAUAAACGUUGAAGGAAUCGUUCAACAGUUCAUUUAUAUCAGAUAAAUAUUUUUUCUGUUCAUCAAGACGAUGUAUGCAACAAAUGUAUUGAAAAAUAUUCGUUUUAAGGAGAAACUCAGCAUAGGCUUUCAGCUAUUUUUGAAGAAGCGAUCUAGGCACUCUUAUGCAGAAAUGCUAAAAUAAAUUCUAUUUCUUAUUUUUGGACGGGUUAGAAUUUGCGAACAUUAUCAUUUGUCUUACCUUGAGAAAGUAGCAAAAUGGAAAAUGGUGAAUUUUAUAAAAAUAUAAAGGAAUUAACGGCUCAAUGUCCCUGCCACGCAGCGAUUGUAGCUUAGUAUUCUACUGUGGACUUCCAAAAGUAUAAUCCUCAAUAAUUGAUUCCUUCAAAAUAUUACUACACAAUUACAAAUGCGAUUCUUUUAUUGCGUGUGAAACUAACGUCCAACGUUAAUCUCAAUUUAAAUGAUUUCAACAUUAUUUUUCAUGACCGAGGCACCCCAUGCGAAUGAAUUAUUUUGGGAAUUAAAUGAAGUUAGCCCUUCUAUAGAACUAACCUCCUGAUAUUGAAAUAGGUGCAAAAACGAAUUUCCAUGCAGAUUGGCCUCAAGUUGAGACGUCUAUCGAAAUUAUUCUACUCCUCUACUGAUACUAUACCCACACUCUUCAAAUAGGCCCUUUGUGAUCUUCUACAGGACCAAAGACAAACAAACUUUCAAAAUAUGUAGAGCCCAAAUAGAAAGAUAUUCAGCCAUGGCAGAAAAGUCGCCCUGAUAAGCUUAGGGUGGUGGUACAUACAGUGACCGAAAUUCCUAUAAGCGCAUAGCAAAUUUUCAGCCACAAGCUCGAUUAAAAAAUCAAACGACGUCAAUAAUUACUGUAUGCGGUAUAUAUCCGUAAUAUAUGCUGUUUGAAGUAGUAAAUAUUUCUUUUUAUUUAUCAAUGCUUGGAUUGAAGAAAUAAAACAUACUUUGUGCACAGAAAUUCCUAUAAGCGCAGAUUUAAUUUUAUUUAAUAUUAAUGUAAUAAAAACAAUAAAUCUCAACUUUAGUAUUUUGUUUUCCAUUUUUCAGAAUUGUUUCGUAAAUUCUUUUCGGCAUAGAAUCGAUGAGAUUUUCCAACAUAUUUAUUGGAAUUUUUUGCCACUCCUCUCUGACAGCCAAUUGAAGCUGUCUGACUACUCCAAACUGGCGUCCAUCACUGUAUACUCGUCUUGCCAGGAUACCCCAAAGGUUCUCAAUGGGAUUCAGAUUAGUACUUCGUGCUGUCCACACCAGCAACGAGAUAUAUCGCUCGGCAAACCACUGUUUAGAUGCCUUGCUGACAUGAAUUGCAGCAUUAUCUUGUUGGAAAAUGAACUCAUUGUUCAUUACAUCUUCAGUAAAUGGUAUUAAAACACUCUAAUAAAUCAACGUAGCUUUCAGAGUUCAUUCUCGUAGAAAUAGUUGCCAUCGGUGUCUUUCCUUUGCGUGAAAAUGCGGCCCACACCAUUAGACUACCACCUCCGAAAUUUCUGCUAAGUUUUACCUCCGAAUUCUUCCAUAGAUCGUGCCAAUAAUAUGCACAGCAGUCGGGACCGUCGAGGUUGAAUUUCUGUUCAUCAGAUAAUAUUACGUUGUCCCAUUCUGUCUUCCAAGACAUCAUUUUUGGCGAAAUCCAACCUUGCCUGAAUGUGUCUUGGCGUCAGAUUGGGUUUUUUGGUUUUUUUUGUGUACACCAUAUGUCCUGAGCCACGCAAUAUUUGACAAACUCUCCUGUUUGUGAUGGGAAGUUCCAGUUCUUCCUUUAUUCCUGAAGAAUUGAACUUUCCUGUCUCACCCAACUGAAUAAUUCGGUUGCGUUCCCGGUUGGUAAUUUUGGAAAUACCUCUAUUUUUCUUCCGGAUGCCGUAGUUUUCACCUUUCUUCAGGAAAUUUUGUACUACGGUUUCACCUCUACCGAUCCUCUUCGCUACUGCACGGUUGCUCAAGCCGACAUCCUUUAGUUCAAAGAUUAAUCUCCGUUCAGUUUCAUCCAAAAAUGUCGCUUUAGGCAUCUUGAAACUUAAAAAACAAUCCCGCUUCGGAUACGUUGGUUAUGCAAGCACUCACUUACAACUGAUACACGAUUAAUGACAUAUUUUAAUGGUGUGUGUGAAUGCAACUCAAUAAAUGUUGCCAAAAUGGGUGUGCGCUUAUAGGAAUUUCUUGUUCAAAUAAAGAGAUUGUGUCACAAUAAAUCGAAAAAGCAACCAUACGAAUUCAAUAACACACAACUACAAUGUCAUAACUCAAGUAAUGUUUUGACAAAACAGCGAUGUAGUUAUAUGCAAUCAUUAGUUCAAUAUUAUAGAAAAUGAACGUGCGCUUAUAGGAAUUUCUGCCACUGUAGUCUAAAGUUGGUAAAUAAUAUCAAAGGAUAUAUGCCUUUUAUGAGAGCCUACAGAGUCUACGUACCAGCAAACAAGAUCGAGAUCAAUGACGUGGUUUUCGUGGAUCUGCUGAAAUAUAUGGUUGGUUAUUCUAAACACCCAUGCUUCAGUCAGUGAAGAUACUGGACUGGGAACAGUUGCCCUCAGCAGGACCUUCACCGGGUCUGCUUUACAUAACUAUCCCUUCUUUGACAAGGUUCAUCUACCUGUGCGCCUUUUUGUAUUGCGGGUCUUGAAUUGCAUUAAUUGUAAAUACAAUACAAUAGCCAUAAGAUUCAUUGCAAGAAAUGCGCGGGAAUCAUGUCGACGAUUCCUGUGGAAGGGAUGUUAAAAAGUGUUUCUAGUCUAGUCUAGUAGAGGAAGCCCACAUGAUCUCUAGGGCAAUACAAAUUUCUGCUCCCUCAACGCGUUUGAGCACUUUAGAUUACGGAAGUAUGAGUUGUUAGAAAAGACCAAUAACGCGGAUGGCGUGCUAUCGAGAGAAACAUCGAUGAGCCCGACAUAUGUGUAACCGAAAUAGUACUAACGAAAGUAUGGAACAUUCAAACCGAUGGAUAUUUAAUUUUGUCAAAAAAGUCUGGGCUCUUUGCUGGCUCAGACGACCUAUCGCGUCACGUUCCCCUACGAUAUUGCGAACAAACCAACGCCACAUAGGAGUAUUUGAUUGAAAAACCUGGACGAAAUUAUUUAAAUAAAAUGUCCAGUAGAAAUUAAUAUUCAAGCAAUAUUUUAUAUAAAACCAAAAUUUGAAGGUUUGUAUACAUUUACAAGUGCAGCAAAAGCUUUUUGGUCAACCAAAGAAAUGCCUUAACUACUAUGUAAAAACUAUAUUAUUACAUGUUGUAUUUUCAAAGGUUUGGUGUACAACAAUUUUCAUUAUUGAGGAUUUUGGUUGAUAGCAAUCAAGUUUAGCAGAAUUUAGGAUGUAAUAACCAGAAAAGUAAUUUGAAUUAUCACGGUAAUGUCUUCUAGUCAAGUUCGCCUCAUCAAAUUUGGAAAGAUUUUUUUUUCGGGAGAAUGAUUCUUAGCUUCUCAACGGGUCUUGAAUUUAAAAGUGUGAUUUCAAUCGCACAAUAAUGUCCCGGGUUGGACAGAUGCAAAUUCUACAUGUGGAAUAAUCUGCCUGACUCCCCGGAAAGACGUUUGCUGAACGUUUCUUCAGCGUAGUAGCCCUUCAUGAUUGAAAGCAAGUGAAGAUCAUCGCCAUCUCGAAUUUAAGAAAGCUUGCCUCCGAUCACAACUCGUAUCGGCCAAAUGAAAUGUUUUCCUGCUUCUGGAAGUAUCUUCAGAGAAGCACAAUCUAGCGCAAGUAGGGGAGCCGGGGCUAGUUGGCGGUUGGGGUAAUUUGGCGGAAUCUUCUUUUCUCCUUUCCUAUUAGACAUAAGGCGUUACCUCUCGUUGUGUACCUCAAGUAGUGUGAAACACAUUAUUCAGUGCGUUUUUGUUGCAAAACAUUUUGUUUUGCAGAAGUUGUGGGUGAUAUUGUGUUUUUGAGCAUACCAAAUAAAUCUGCCACAUUUUAAACACUUUGUGUUAUUUAAGGUAAUUUUCAAUCCAGUUCCCGAAUGAUUAUUUUUUUCGACAGUGCAUGAAAAUAUCUUUCAGUAUAUAGAUAUUAUAUCUACCCACGAACAAAAAUUAUAUUCAAAAUAUAUUUUUUUAUAAAAUAUGCGGUUGGAGUAAGUUGGCGGUGUCGCUCGCGGGGCAAGUUGGUGGUACUAUUUACGGUGCAAAAAAAGUCAUCAAAAAAUUUAAUUUUAAGUAUGCACUCCAAAGUAAGAAAAUCUUUUUCUUAUGUAUCUCGUCGAUGCAGGAAACAUUUACUUCGGCCAAUCGAAUGAAAAAUUUCAAAAAUUUGCUUUUGAAUAUGGAGUGCGCAUCAAAGUCAAAAUGCCGGGCCAUUAAUAUUGUAAUAGAAUAGCAAAUGUCGUACUGUUUGAAAUAAUUUGCCGACCGUAAAAUAUGACCAUCGUCGAUACGAACGAAACUUUGCAGUUGUGUUCGGUUUAUGAAUCUCCAUGUUUUUUCUCUGGCAAUUGCAAUAUUUUGCGACAAAAGCAAUUUUUUACAAGGGCGUAGACGUUUCUACGUGCAUAGAAUUCAAUUUUUUUUGUUCGAUUACUCUAUUUUAUACAACAAAACUAUCUAAGAACGAAUUACAGGGAAUGAACACGUCUGUACUAAAAUGUACACUGAAAAAAAGUUGUAAUUUUUCAUAAAAACAAAAAAUUGUGUCAUAAAUUUAAGUUGUAAAAAAAAUUUGCAAUAUCAUCUUGUUGUCAAAGGAAAAGUUACAGAACAGUUUAUGGGCCUUUCGAAAAAUGUAUUGUUGUUGAUGGAGAAACGCGAAUAACUUAUGAAAAGUCGUAAAAAUAAAAUAAUUGUAAUGUUAAAACAAAAUUUAAAAUAUCUCGAGGACUACUACAUUUCUUAAUUUUUUUUUCUUAGGAGCAUUCUGAUUUCAAAUGGCGUUUAAAAUCAUAUUCAAAAGGAAAAUUGUAUUUUUGACCGCAAAUAGUAUGAAUUAUGAAAAUAUGUCAAAACUUGUUAUUAGUAAAACUUUUAUUGAAAUCUUCUCCAUGAUCCAAAUAAACUGAAAAAGUUUCUUUUGUGGCUUAAAAGCGAUAAACACUACAGUUUUUACAUUUUAUGAUGAGGUAAAGCGAAUAACUUUUGAAAAGGGCGUAAUUACACGAAUUAAUUAUUUUUGUUGGAGCAAAAUUCCAAAUAUCUGGACAACUAUCGCAUUUUGUUAACUACAUUUUGAUUUAAGGGGGGCGUCUGGUGUAGAGGGCAAAAAAUAGACUUGUUUUUUAGCCGAAUAAUUGUUAGUAUUGAAACUCUAGAUAUGUCUUCCGCAAUCUCGCUGGCCACGCUUUCAAACAGCCAUGCACUCCACGUGCCUAUUUGCUAUAACACACGCAAAUUUCAAUCUAUCGGCAACAAUUUUCGAAAAACUGACAGCGAUAAAAAUACAGUCUAAACAUACACUCUAAACUACUUUUACCCAAUUUUUCAAGAGAAAAUGUCCAAUUGUUCAUUUUCUACAAAGUUUGUCCGUGGUGCAAUUUGAUGUGGAACACCCUUUAAAAGCGUUUUUCUCGAAACCGCGUUUUUUCAAAUUGGCGUAAUCAACGAAUUGACUGGAUUUUUUUUAUCCGGAUGACCAAUAUAUGUAGCCUGUCGAUGAUCUACAGAAAACUGAAUAAUUUUUUUUUUCUCCCUACUAUUUUGAAAAAAACCGAUUUAAUCCACCUAGCAGUGAGAUGAGACAUUUCUUACACAUAUCACUGUUGGAUCAUUCCUUAGUUUGCAGAACUCAUGCGAAGUAGUAAAUCAAAAUUAUAAAAUACACGAAACAAAUUAUAUUAGCUUAAUUAAUGAAAAUUUAGACUAUACUUAGAAAUAAGUAUAAGAUUAAUAGAAUGAAUUGACUCAAACUAACAA